AUGCUGAAGAACAACGGCAGCUACGAGAGAGAUGUUCAGCAAAGAUGCGCUAAGGCCACUUCUGCAUUUAACUCAACGAAAUGUCUGUGGUCGACCCCCAUCACCAACGAAGUCAAGCUGCGUGUCUACCUAUCCGCAAUUCGCCCCAUCAUGAUGUACGGAUCGGAGACUUCGGCAGCACCAUCAACGGUUAUGGAGAGGCUUGACUGCACGGAACGAAAGCUGCUUAGACGGCACUUGGCUACUUUUGGCCUAGGGAGACCGGCAGAUCGCCUUGUCCAACGAGUUCUGAAAAGUUCGAGCUGGAAGAAGCUACCUGGCCGAAAACGGAAGUUCUGGACUGAGGUGGUAAAAGAGGACCUGAGGACACUCGGCGUGGAUAGGCAGUUCAGGCGAGACGUAAGGUUUCGCAGAACAUGGAAUAGCGACGAAUGGAUUGAUUCUGUGCAAGCUCUCGCAGAAGAUCGAGGUUGGGCAGAGCUGUGUUCAAGGACGGCACACCUCGGCGAAGAUGCGGGUAAUCGCGUUAGGACAUCAGCCCGCCGAUUAAGUCAAAAGCGGCAUUCCGUUAAAACCUGGAAAUUUCUCGGUAACACACUUACCGAAAUCAUAUGUGUUGUGAAAUUUGCUGCGAAGGCAACAUUUUUCGAGUCUGCUAGAUCCCGCUGCCGUUCACAGGCAACGGGAUUUAUGUUUGCUCGAUCGACCGCGAUGCAUUUUCGAUUGGAGCAGCACCAUCACAUACAAAACCAAGAAACCUUGAAAAUGACAAAAAAAUCACGAGCAUCGUUUCUCUGGACGCUUGGAAAAUGA